CAAGCGGGUGCCCCAGGCUGGUGCCGGCCGCGUCCCUGGCCAGCAGGAGCAAGCCUGACUCGUGCAGCCGCCGGCCGCGUCCCUGGCCAGCCGGAGAGAGCCUCACUCCCGCAGCCGCCAGUCUCGUUGCAGGGCUCCCGCAGGUUUCGGGAGCCGAGGCGGACCGACAGGCGCCAGCCAAUCGAGAGCACGGAGCCGGCCUGGGGGCGGGGUGGUACCCGCUCCGCCAAUCAGGGGUGGGGGCGGAGCCAGACGCCGGGGGCGGACGGGAGGACUGGAGGACCGAGGACAGGGAAGAUUGGUGGACAGGAGCAGCGGCCGGUGGGGAGGGCGCUCGGCGGCGGCCUGCGGCCAUGGCCACCGUGAUGGCAGCGACGGCGGCGGAGCGGGCGGUGCUGGAGGAGGAGUUCCGCUGGCUGCUGCACGACGAGGUGCACGCUGUGUUGAAGCAGCUGCAGGACAUCCUCAAGGAGGCCUCUCUGCGCUUCACUCUGCCGGGCUCCGGCACUGAGGGGCCCGCCAAGCAAGAGAACUUCAUCCUAGGCAGCUGUGGCACAGACCAGGUGAAGGGUGUGCUGACUCUGCAGGGGGAUGCCCUCAGCCAGGCGGAUGUGAAUCUGAAGAUGCCCCGGAACAACCAGCUGCUGCACUUCGCCUUCCGGGAGGACAAGCAGUGGAAGCUGCAGCAGAUCCAGGAUGCCAGAAACCAUGUGAGCCAAGCCAUUUACCUGCUUACCAGCCGGGACCAGAGCUACCAGUUCAAGACGGGCGCUGAGGUCCUCAAGCUGAUGGACGCAGUGAUGCUGCAGCUGACCAGAGCCCGAAACCGGCUCACCACCCCCGCCACCCUCACCCUCCCUGAGAUCGCCGCCAGCGGCCUCACGCGGAUGUUCGCCCCCGCCCUGCCCUCCGACCUGCUGGUCAACGUCUACAUCAACCUCAAUAAGCUCUGCCUCACGGUGUACCAGCUGCAUGCCCUGCAGCCCAACUCCACCAAGAACUUCCGCCCAGCCGGGGGCGCAGUGCUGCAUAGCCCUGGGGCCAUGUUGGACCCUCUCACCGCCUACAGCGAGUGGGGCUCUCAGCGCCUGGAGGUGAGCCACGUGCACAAAGUGGAGUGCGUGAUCCCCUGGCUCAACGACGCCCUGGUCUACUUCACCGUCUCCCUGCAGCUCUGCCAGCAGCUCAAGGACAAGAUCUCCGUGUUCUCCAGCUACUGGAGCUACAGACCCUUCUGAUCACAGCCCCCAGGAGCUUGUCUCCAGGAAGGCGGCCCCUGUCCCCUACUCAUACCCACCACAGAGCACCAGCCAGUGCCAACGCCAGGCUGCUAUUUAUCUCCCUAUCCCACCCCCUACCCCACCCCCUACCCCACCUAACACAUUUGCACUGCCGGGAAUGGACACUGGAAGUGCCAGGAGGAAGGAAGGCUGGUUUGGAGGGGUAGUGGGGAGGUCAGGGAGGCGGGGCCGAGGGUGUCCCACAUUCCCAACACCGCCCUCUGAUCACCAUGGGAAUCUUUGGACUCAGGACAGGGCCAGGCCCAGGGCUCUCCCUCCUCUCCCCUUCGCUGUCCCCUCCCCCUGGAGGGCAUGGGGUGGGGGGGUGGCACUGAGCUAUGAGUCCCGGGGAUGGUGAGGAACGCCACAGACAGAGCCACCCUAGGAGUGAGUACAGUGCUGGUGACUGUGUUCCAUAGCCCCAAUCCAGGGCUGUCUAAGAAAUAAAGAUCAUCAGACUCUG